AUGUCAAAUGAUAUCGCAGCAAACCGCUCUGGGCUCAAGGACUUUAUUGGUUCCAUAGCGACCAUCUCGGGAGAUCUUUCAAACAUUACUGCACCGCCGUUCGUACUGGCCGAGAACUCGACAGUUGAGAUACCACAGUACUGGGCGGAUCAUCCAUAUCUCUGGGCUGCACCGGCGUUGGAAGAGGACCCUGAGAAACGCGCGUUGCUUGUGCUCAAGAACUUCCUAGGCUCAUUACGAGGACAGCAAUAUGCGGGGCGGAAUGAGGAAGAUGGCGUCAAGAAGCCGUUGAACGCGUUUCUCGGCGAACUCUUCCUCGGAAGCUGGAAUACUGAGGAGCUGGGCGAGACGCGAUUAAUCUCCGAGCAAGUCGGCCACCAUCCACCUGUAACGGCGUGCUAUCUGUGGAACGAUCAAGUUGGGAUCCGGGCGGAGGGGUUUACGGAGCAAGAAAUCACGUUUUCUGGAAACGUCAGUAUCAAACAGAAGGGAUAUGCCAUAGUACAUGUCGACAAGUACGACGAAGAUUACCUCCUUCCACUGCCGAACAUUAAGGUCAAGGGUCUCUUAGGCGGGGUUCCACAUCCGGAGUUGUACGGCGAAUAUUCCCUCAUCUCAUCCAACGGCUACAUAUCGCAUAUCAAAUUCGAGGGCAAAUCUUUGUUCGGCUCAGGGCAUAAAAAUGGGUUCCACGCAAGAUUUUUCCAUGCAGACAAGCCUGGUGAGACCAUCUACGAAAUCGAGGGAGCGUGGAACAGCACGUUUACCAUCAAGGACGCGCGGAACGGUUCCGAGGUGGAGACCUUCGACGUCAGAACCAUCAAGCACAAACCCAUGACUGUGCCCGACCUCUCAGAGCAAGACCCAUGGGAGAGUCGCAAAGCAUGGGGCGAUGUUAUAUCAUCCCUGCACAAAGGCGACAUGAAGGGCGUUUCAACUGCGAAGAAUGUAGUCGAAAAUGGCCAGAGGCAGAUGCGGAAAGACGAAGAAGCGAAGGGCGAGGAGUUUCAACACGUCUUCUUCAAAACAGUACCCAACGACCCGAUCUUCGAUAGAUUAGUAAAGCAUGACCCGCAAGCUUACACUGUCGAUCCGUCAGGCGGCAUUUGGAAAGUCGACAAGGAAGCCGCGAAGCAGCGACAGCGCCCGUUCCACGACAACCUCACACCAUCAAACGAAAGGGUGGGUGGAGCGCAAACGCAGGGGCGGACGCAAGAGGGCAGAAGAUCAAUAAAUGACCAAGAUCAGCAACGCAGUGGGGCUGCUGGCGCAGUGGGCACGGCAGCGACGUCUAACGGCUCUGCACCGGAUGGGCCGGUUCAAAAGGUCGGCGACGUGAGCCCACGUGCCGAACAACGUCCAGAUUCGGCAGUGGGGAGCAAAGGGGAGUCCCGCAGUCAACCGGCCAAUGUGACGGAGGUAAGUGAUGAGAUGGUUGAGAAUUUCUUGAGGGCAAAAACGAGUAAUGUACAGUAA